AAUAAAUCCGCAAUCCAAUUCGCGGCGCUGACAAUUCAAAUGCUAUGCGCUUCGGCCGGUUCGACUCGCUUCGGCGCUUGUCCUCCGCCGCCGCCGCUGCGCGCGCACCUCUUUCGACGCCUCUCCCUCACUUUCUCUCCCUUCUCGCUCGGUGCUUCACCUUCGGCCACCUCGCCCAGGUCCACGCCUUCCUCGUCACCCGCGCCCUCGACUCCGACAACCUCCUCCUCCACCACUUCCUCCGCGCCUGCUCCGCUCUCGGCUUCCGCGGCUACGCCCUCCUCGUCUUCCGCCGCGCGCCCCGCCCCGACGUCUACCUCCACAACUCCAUCAUCCGAUGCCUCUGCCAGACCGACUCCGCGCAUCUCGCCGUCGAGCACUUCUCGAGGAUUCAAAGCGCCGGUUUGCGGCCCGACACCUACUCAUUCCCCUUCGCCCUCAAGGCUGCCGUCCACUUGGACAUGCUCCACCUGGGCCGCCAAGUCCACGCGCAGAUUGUUCGGUUCGGCCUCGAGGCCGACGUCCAUGUCUCCACCGCUCUCGUCGUCAUGUACUCCUACUGCGGCGGCGUGAACGAUGCGCGCAAGCUGUUCGAUGGAAUUCCGAACAAGGACGUGGUGUCCUGGAACGCGAUGAUUGCCGGCUAUGUCAAAGCUGGGGAUGUCGGCGCUGCUCAUGAUCUGUUUGAACGGAUGACGGAAAGAAAUGUGGUGUCCUGGACGACAGUCGUUGUUGGCUUUGCUAAUUCAAACCGCUCAGAUGAGGCCAUCGCGCUGUUUCGAAGAAUGCAGCUAGAAGACGGUAUUCAGCCUGAUGAGGUUGCAUUGUUGGCCGUGCUCUCGGCUUGUGCCAAUUUAGGUGCUCUGGAAUUGGGGGAGUGGAUACAUAUCUCUAUAGACAAGCACGGGUUGCACAAAACUACUCCUUUGAUGAAUGCCUUGAUCGAUAUGUAUGCUAAAUCUGGAAGCAUUACCAAAGCACUGGAGGUAUUUGAGAACGUGAAGAAGAAGAGUGUGAUCACUUGGACUACAAUGAUAGCAGGGUUUGCUUUCCAUGGGCUUGGCUCAGAAGCUCUGAAUAUGUUUACGAGGAUGGAAAGAGAACAUGUCCAGCCCAAUGACGUGACUUUCCUUGCUGUCCUAUCUGCGUGUAGCCAUAUGGGACUGACAGAUCUAGGGAGGUGGCUUUUCAACCGCAUGAAUUCUGAGUACAGGAUUGAACCAAGAAUUCAGCACUACGGUUGUAUGAUUGACCUUCUUGGCCGGGCAGGUCAUUUAAAAGAGGCUAGAAAUCUAGUUAGAGAUAUGCCUUUUGAACCAAAUGCUGCAAUCUGGGGAGCUCUUCUGUCUGCCGCUAGAAGCCAUGAUGAUGCCGAGCUUGGAGAACUUGCUUUAAGGAAUCUCAUUGAAAUUGAGCCACACAACAGCGGAAACUAUAUACUUUUAUCUAAUAUUCACGCAUCGAAUGAGGAGUGGGAUGAUGUGGCUAAACUGAGGAAGAUGAUGAAAGACAGGGGAGUGAUGAACAUGCCAGGAGCCAGUUCUGUGGAAAUCAAUGGAGCAGUCCAUGAGUUUACAUCAAGAGAUGGAUCGCAUCCUUACUUUGACAGGAUAUAUGAACUUCUUCACUGCAUGACUAAACACUUAAAGUCGAUUGGUUAUGUCCCAAAACUUGGUUCAGGUUUGGAUGCCCAAGAAGAGUAAGGUUUUAACUGUUUACUGUGCCAGUGAAACUCCUAGAUGAUAAUGAUUGAGAAGGCUGUAGGGUCAAAAAAUUGUGAUACAUCUCUAAGGUGUAGCUACUGCCUUAAUUAAUAGUGCACAUGAUCUAAAUUUAUUCCACCUUAUCAAGUAUCAACACAGGAUAUGCAAUGAUCUUAUUAAAAACAUAGGAAAGGAUGGAAGUCUUUUGCAGAGGAACAGUCAAAAUCUUGUUUGCUGAGAAUCGUCGUAAGCUUAAAUGCUAAGUACAUCUAUGACAACGCCUUUGAAAUUGUACAAGUGAAACCAUUGAUGUUCCAGCUCUCCAUGGAUCUACCUGGAGUUUUGUAAAUCUUCCCUCUUCGCUGAACUAACAGGAAUUGCAGCUCUCCUUUUAAUCAGGAUUUCAUGACAAUUGUUCUCUCUUUUUUUCCCUACUACAUCAUCCUGCAAUGCGGAAAAGCAUUCCAAUUCGCAUCAUUAGUGAUUCAUUCUGCAAGAAUUGUAGUAGUUCAUGUGGAGAAACACUAUGUUAAAUGUUAUUGUAAAUCAACUGUUCAUCUGUUAUCCAGUACAUUAUCUAGAAGAAUACAAACUUAUUUCUCUUU